AUGAUGAAACAACCAGACGAAAAUAUUUCAAUAACAAAUUCUGAUUAUAUGACAUGUAAUGGUCAUCAAGAUGAUUUAAUAAAAACUCGUCAAGAUUCUGAUAAUGAUGAUGCAGCAACAAAUACAAGUUCAACAUCAUCAAUUAAUGAUGUAUCAUUUAAUAAUUGUCCUAAUAUAUCAUCAUCAUCAUCAUCAAAUUUAAAUACAAGUAGCAUAACAACAACAAAUUUAAAUAAUCCUAAUGAACUUAUUCUUUCACCUGAAAUUUCAUUUAAUAUACGAAUACAAUCGCCUGGUUUAGAUAUAUUUGAUUUAUCGGUAACAUCAAGUGAACUUGUACAAGAAAUUCAUCAAGUUUUAAUGGAUAAAGAAGAAACAUGUCAUCGUACUUGUUUUUCAUUACAACUUGAUGGAAUUAUUCUUGAUAAUUUUUCGGAAUUAAAAAAUAUCGAUGGUUUAAAAGAAGGAAGUGUAUUAAAAGUUGUUGAAGAACAAUAUACUGUACGUGAAGUACGUAUUCAUAUACGACAUAUAAAUGAAUUAAUACAUGCAUGUGAUUUAAAUGAUUUAUAUAAUGGUACAAAUAAUUAUUCAUUAUGUCUUGUGAAUGAUAUUAAUAAUAGUGAAACAUCUUCAUCAGCAUCGAAUACUGAUCGAAGAAAAGGUGCUGAAACUAAUGCAAAUGAUUCUAUUGUACCAGAAUAUCUUUUACCUAAUCAAAAAGAUAUUCUACUUACGCCACUUUUUACAACAAAUAAUAAAAUUAAUCGAUUACAAUCUUUAAAAAUAUUAUCCUAUAGUGGUUGGAAUCCACCAAAUGGUUCAAGAAAAUUACAUGGUGAUCUUAUGUAUUUAAAAGUAACAACAUGUGAAGAAAAAUCAUUUCAUAUAACAGCCUGUACAAAAGGUUUUUAUGUUAGUCAAACAACAGAUGAAAAAUUUCUUCCAAAACCGGUGCAACCUAAAGCUAUAUUUCAUUCACUUGUUGAUUUAUUAAAUAAUAUUAGUCCAGUUUUUAAAAAAAAAUUUCGUGCUAUACAACGUAAACGUUGUACAAAACAUCCAUUUGAACGCAUACAAAUUCCAUUUCAAAUUCAUCCAUGGUUAUCACCACGUUUUGAACAUAUCAUGGAUCAUUUUCGAGCUGAAGAUGCAAAUAUAAAUAAACUUGGUCAUGAAGAUCAUAUACCUGGUCAAGUACGUGAUUGGAAUGAAGAAUUACAAAUAACAAAAGAAUUACCAAAGAAAAAUUUACCUGAAAGACUUAUACGUGAACGUGCAAUGUUCAAAGUUCAUACUGAUUUUAUUUCAGCUGCUAUUCGUGGUUGUCAAGCUGUUGUUGAUGGUAAUAUAAUGGCUAUUAAUCCUGGUGAAGAAUCAAAAGUUCAUAUGUAUAUAUGGAAUAAUAUGUUCUUCAGUCUUGGUUUUGAUGUAAAAGAUCAUUAUAAAGAUUUUGGUGGUGAUGCUGCUGCUCAUUCAGCACCAGCAAAUGAUUUACAAGGUGUUCGUGCUAUAAAUACACUUGAUUUAGAUGGUUUGCAUACAUUAGGCACUGUUGUUGUUGAUUAUCGUGGCAUGCGUGUUACUGCCCAAUCAAUUGUCCCCGGUAGGUAA